CUCGUUAUGCAACGAAAUUCAAGAUGCUUCGUGCGAAGGCAGAGACAGUUCGUUUCGAGGGUCAGAAAUACAGGGGAAAAGCCCUUACCCACCUAGCUUCUUCCUUGAUCCUCUUGAGAGUUUCGAUGGAUACAGUUACAUCUACAGACAAGAGAAGCAAAGCUACCAGCCCUAAUGUAGCUUCUGCAGAAGAAAUCCCUGAAUCUGCAUUCGUCGUAUCCUGUUCUAAAGACUCAAGCCAGUUUUUGGAAUCAACAUCGUCAUCAGAUUCAUCAGAUGCAUCCUCAUUGUCUUUGUUAUCCUCGUCCUCAUUUUCAGAUGAGCCUCUGCAUGAUUUUUCAGAGAUGUUGGCUCAACUUCCCAUCAAGCAAGUGCCUUGAGAAAACUUCGAGCCUUUUGGGCAUCAUGCUUAAUUUAAAUUUUGUAUAUUCCUUUGCUCAAAUGAAGUCCUUUGUGUAAUCUGCAGGAGAGGGCUUUCCAAGUUCUACGAAGGUAAAUCCAGAGCCUUCACAUCCCUCUCAGACGUGAAAUGUGUGGAAGAUUUAGCAAAGCGGCAAAUUCCUCA